GCGCCGCCGGUGAAGCAGCCACAGCCAGGCGACCUCUCCCUCCCUCUUGCCGUCCCAGCACUCGUCGCCUCGCGGACCAGGAGGCGGUGGGCAAUGGGGCACCCCUACGCGCCGGCGGGGCUGCAGCUGCCGGGCUUCGUGCCGCUGCAGCUGUCGCAGGGCCAGAUCCUCGCGGCCUACCUGGGCACCUCACUCUUCGUCGUCCUCGCCAUCUGGCUCAUCUCCGGAAGAUGCCGCGGACUAUCCAAGACCGACCGUCUGCUCAUGUGCUGGUGGGCGUUCACCGGCCUCACCCACAUCGUCAUCGAGGGGACCUUCGUCUUCACCCCCGGGUUCUUCAGGAAGGAGAAACCCAACUACUUCGAUGAACUUUGGAAAGAGUACAGCAAAGGCGAUUCCAGAUAUGUCGCCAGGGAUACCGCAACCGUCACGGUUGAAGGGAUAACAGCUGUGUUGGAAGGCCCUGCAUCACUGCUUGCAGUUUAUGCCAUUGCAUCCCGCAAGUCCUACAGCCAUAUUCUCCAGUUCACCGUCUGCUUGGGCCAGCUCUACGGGUGCCUGGUUUACUUCAUCACUGCAUACUUGGAUGGCUUCAACUUCUGGGUCAGUCCAUUCUACUUCUGGGCAUAUUUCAUUGGCGCAAACAGUUUCUGGAUUUGGAUACCAACGCUCAUCGCCAUGAGGAGUUGGAAGAAGAUUUGUGCAGCAAUUCGAGCAGAAAAGGUGAAGACUAAGUAAGGCUGCAUUAGCCACGGUUUGGCAGGAACUAAGACGAACUGUAAUGUGGCCAAAUAAUUUGUUGCUGGUAGCAGGACUAUUGUGUUCUUGUUUAAAGUAGCCUUGUAAACCUCGUUGUCUUGGCAACCACUUCAUCCACUCAUACAAUUUAAUAAACAGUGUGGUCUUUUUUCUCCAUUUAACAACCUAUAUAUCUCUUUCAGAAAA